GAGUGCCUGAGAGCAGCCAAGAUUUCCUCUCAGGAGAACUGGGGCAGCCCCUCCGCCUCGGCGGGGGCGGUGGACUCCAAGUCGGACAUCGACGAUGGCACAGGCUGCGAGGACGCGGAGGGUGUGUGGAGUCCCGACAUCGAGCAGAGCUUCCAGGAGGCCUUGGCAAUAUACCCACCCUGUGGCAGAAGGAAGAUCAUCCUGUCAGACGAAGGAAAGAUGUAUGGAAGAAACGAGCUGAUUGCGAGGUACAUAAAACUGAGAACGGGGAAGACGCGAACAAGGAAACAGGUUUCCAGCCACAUCCAGGUGCUAGCUAGGCGGAAGUUACGCGAACUGCAGUCCUCAAUCAAGGUGUCCAGUCACAUCCAGGUCCUUGCUAGGAGGAAAGCGCGAGAGCUCCAAGCCAAGCUGAAGGUUCAUGUACAGGACCAGGCGGCGAAGGACAAGGCACUGCAGCAGAUGGCGGCCAUGUCGUCUGCGCAGAUCGUCUCGGCAACAGCAAUACACAACAAAGCAAUGGCGGGGAUGCCGGGCAUGGGCGUGCCCCCCGGAGCGUCGGCGGUGCGCCCCACGUACGGGAUGUGGCCGGGCGCCAUGCCACAGACUUCUCAGGACGUUAAACCAUUCGCAGGGUCACAACCGUACGGUCUCCAGCCGACGAAAGCGGAGGGCGCGAUGGCGCCGGGGUAUCCGGUGGGAGCGGGCAUGAUGCCGGCGGGGGCGCCGGCGUGGCAGGGAAGGUGUAUCGGCACGGCGAGGCUCAGACUGGUGGAGUUCUCCGCGUUUAUGGAACAGCAAAGAGAUCACGACACGUUUCACAAACAUCUGUUUGUACACAUUGGGCCGAACAACCCAACAUACUCAGACCCGCUGUUGGAGCAAGUGGACAUACGUCAGAUCUAUGACAAGUUCCCAGAGAAGAAGGGCGGUCUGAAGGAACUGUACGACAAGGGACCGCAGGAGGCCUUCUUUCUGGUCAAAUUCUGGGCCGACCUCAAUACAAACAUACAGGAAGAAUCCGGUGCCUUUUACGGAGUAACAAGCCAAUACGAGAGUGAACAGAACAUGACGAUCACAUGUUCCACAAAAGUUUGCUCUUUCGGCAAACAGGUUGUGGAGAAAGUAGAGGUAGGUUUGACGGAGUAUGCACGGUUUGAGAACGGGCGGUUUGUGUACAACAUCCACCGGUCACCCAUGUGUGAAUACAUGAUCAACUUCAUCCACAAACUCAAACACCUGCCGGAAAAGUAUAUGAUGAACAGUGUCUUGGAAAACUUCACCAUAUUGCAGGUGGUGACGAAUCGUGACACCCAGGAGACGUUGCUGUGCAUCGCGUACGUGUUCGAGGUCUCGACGAGCGAGCACGGCGCGCAGCACCACAUCUACCGACUCGUCAAGGACUGACCGUCUCCCAGACACACUCUCAGACUUACUUAAGAACCAAUAACAGACCUCUUCCUUGGUUUCAAGUCAUGGCAUUCUCCUGGGGUGGUGCAUCGAGUUGGGCAGGGUCUAAACACAGACCCGCCUAGACAGAUAGCAGACAGAGAAGUACUGAAGAUCUUUAGCUAGCACUGCACUGCAUUUCCUUAAAACAAGGAAGUCACACAGAAAUACAGUAUAGCAUUGUUUGAUCCCAAUGAAAGAUAUAAGUAGACAGUGGGAAGGUGUGCACUGUAUACUCUUUAUACCUGUACUUAGGUAAUGUACACAACCUGUGAAGAUUCCUUGAGAUGCAGUGCAGUGUUAGCUAUGUCUUAAGUCAGCUUGUCAUUCUUGUGUUGUAGAGUCACGACUUGCUUGAGAUGAAGACCUUAUGAAAUCCCAGCUUAGACCACAUAUCUAUGAAAGGCUGUCCUGUUCAGUCACCCUAUCACAUUUUACUGCUGGAACUUCUGCCUGAAUUUGUAACACCUAUAGUGAUUGGGCAUUGUCUUAGUAAUGGUAACAUCGGUGAGUCAUGUUGCCCAAUCACAUACUCUCUUUCAAUCUUAUCUUGGAAGUUAAGAAGUUUGAUAAAAAACUCAAACUCAACAGUAUAUCAUUUUUGGGCAACAUCUCUGGCAGAUGCAUCUUUGGAGAUGUGGGCAGGGAUAGAGGUCUUUGAGUUUCAAUCAAGUCUGUCUCUCUGGAAAAUGGUUAUAGCAGAAUCCAGCAGUGCUAUAAGGGAACUUUCAGUUAGUUGGUCUUUCCAUGAUACCUAUAACCCCUGUCAUAGCCUCACCUUUAAAGACCACGAAGUUUUGUACUUAAUAUGACAUGUAGUUUUGCAUUAGUUCAUUAGUAGUUGGUGGUUGUACAAUAAUGUUAGCCUUUACUAACUGGAAUGUAAAGAUGAUUUUUGAUUGUAGAUCUCCAGUUAAAAAGAGUGAGGCAAUGACACAGGUUAUAGCUAAUGUUGAUAAAAAAUUUUGUACAUGUACAUAGCUAAGACAUGCUGGUUUCCCAGUAUUUUAUAGAAACCUUGGUGUGAUACACUUUAUACCAUAUUUGGUAGUCUGAUUAUCUGUUGACCUCAUGACAUAAUGGACCAAUUGCAGGUCUUGUAGCAAUGUUAUUAGCAUGGCUACAUGUCUACACUGACCAAUGGCAGCCUUCUCUGUCUCUACAUGUUCUCACGAUGCUCCAAUGGGAGUGCUUCUACUGUUCAGGAUAAAACACAAGGGUUGAUCUGUAAUUUGAAACCAAGUAAGUGCUAUAUGAAUCAACACUAUCUAACUUUGCUACCUGAAAACUAUAGAUUUGCUACGAGUUCUAUUUUUCCAAAAUCGUAUUUUGAACUCUGGAUGUAAGAAUAUUCUAUUAACUUGGUAAGCAGGUUAAUAUUAACUUGAUAAGCAGGUUGAUAUUCAGGUUCUUGAUUAAACAGAAACAUUUCCAGUACUAGUUUAUAUUCCCAGAGUUAGAAAGAAUUUUAUAUUAACAAAUACUAGUUGGGAAAAGCUAGGAGUCAGAUUUUGUUACUUUCUCAGAGUGCUGGCAUCUAUGCUAACGGAUUCUUCCUGUAUAAUUUAUUAACACCGAUUGUGCGUUCCAUACCAACAGUUUAUAAAGAAAUUAAUGCUGCAUAGAGGAAAAAAUGCAUUGGAGAAACUUUUACAAAGGCCAACUUUGUCUUAAAAUGUAGUAAAGGUUUCUCUGUCCAGGGAUAGUAUUUUUGAUGAGAUACGAGGUAUUUUGUGGUAGAAGAUGACAUGUAGUUUCUCUAAUGUCACAUUUUGAUACUUGACCUCCAAGUGUCCUUGAGCACUAUCGUCACAAGUCUGUGCACGUAGCAAAGCCGUGAUGUAAUCAGUUGGUAGUAAAAGAAACGUUUUGGUUUCUGAACAGAAGAAAUGAUAUUAUAGAUCAUUUAUUGAGAAUUCCAGGAAAGGAAACACAUGGAAAGCAGUUCGAAUGUGAUAUUAGGAUGAUAUUAACUGAUUUUAUGAGAGAUGAUAGAUAUAUCCCAUGAUGCUUUGUGGUUGCCAAGGAUGUUGCUGCAUGUUAAUGAUGUAGCUUUGCCUGCUUUGAUACGACGAUAUGAAAAAAAGAAAGUCGAAAAGCAAAGAUGGACGUGGAUUGCUGUCGUACUGUGAAAAAAGAUGUGAGUAGCUCUUACGGUAUAAGAUCUUAGUUGAAUAAAGAGUUGUUUACGGUAUAUUUGGCGGAGGGCCAGAGUGAAGGAUGAUGGGAAGUGUUAGGAAAAAGAUGGUGGAGGGCAAUGUAAGCAGUUGCUGUAGUGAGCUUGCAUUUCAUAAGGAAGUGCAAUACAUCUUGAAGAAAAAAUCAAGUCUUGAUCAAAAUACAACAAUUUGUAAGAUAAUCUUAUAGUGAUAUUACUGUAUUCCUUUUUUUACGCAGGGAAGAGCCCUAUGAUUCGUUUAUAAUGCAUUCUGUUUAGCUUUGAUGUCUUCGUUUAGGUUACUCAAAUGUUGUGUAUGUAUUCAAGAAUUAUGUAUCAUUUAUAAGAAAAAACGCACCAUUUCUGUGUUGCCAAUGUUGUGCAAGUGUCGCGCCUAGUCUUGUGUAUGCCUCUGUAUCUUUGCCUAGUUUCUAAACAACUUGCAGUUGCAUUACCUUAAGCACCUCAUGUGUAUUGUAGAGUAAGCUGUCCAUGUGCUUUUUGGCGAUGCCUUGGGGGGCGAAGCCAGCAUAACCCUAUUUGUACUGGAUCGUGCCUUGCCUCCGCUAUCUUAUUUUAUCAAAGAUUAUACAAAUGUAUAUUGCAUGAAUUUGAUACCUUGCCUGGCAAGUAUGAUCCACAAUGAUAUCCCCUUGUGCCUCAAAGUUCUGUGUUCACCCUGUAUAUCCAUACUAUGACUUGUUAACCAGAAAAUUUUUGAUAACUACAAAUUGAAUAAGAAAACAUGUAAGGCAUACCCCCUGCAUGCAGGUUGGCAUGUUGAGUGGGAAAAGCUGUGAGAUGCUACUGCUAGUGCUGAAGCCAGCAAUAUCCCCUGUGUUAGCCUUUUUAUUGUCACUGAUCUUUGUAUGUAUAAAUGUUAAGUUUUCAUAUUAUAAGUACAGAUCACUUGAAAACAUCAA